UCUAUAAAAGCCAUUACCUAGUAACGAUCACAGUGGCAAGGCAGCUUGUUAUCCAUCCCUUCCUUACUGAAAUAAGCGCAGGCUCAUGGACCAGCUCAGGAGAUUCAUUGAAUUGGAUGCCAAAGGAAUACUGGAAAAGAUACGAUUGUGUUUAAUAAAGAAACUGCUGCCAGAUUUGGAAGACAGAAGGAAGUAUCAUGAGGAGUUUGUCUCAUCCUCUUCAUUUCAUGGUGUGCAUAACAUUUUCCACACACAGAGCAAGGCUCGCAGAGCGCUGUGGCUGCUGAUAGUCACAGGCUGCAUUACCAUUGUUAUUUGGCAGAUCUGCAGUCGCUUCAUCUACUACUUCAGCUGGCCAACCACAACUACAUUGGUGGUUCAGUAUGUGGAAAACGUCGAAUUCCCCGCUGUGACCUUCUGCAACUUGAACAGGUUUCAAGCUCAUGCAGUGAGCAACUUGAAAGUAAUUUUUUUAAUUUGGAACAUUGUAUCUGCAAUUAUCCAAAAAUUUGCUACGGAAAAUAAAUAUUCCCAGGAGUUGAAUGAUUUCCUUCUUGGGAACCAGAACUUCAGUAUCAAAGACUUUACAAGGAAAAAUGGGUUUUAUCUGAACAGCAGCACAUUACUAGAAUGUGAUUUUUUUGGAAAGCCAUGUUAUCCACAGGAUUUUGAACAGGUUUUCACUGAAUAUGGAAACUGCUUUACUUUUAAUCACAAUGAUCUUUCAGCAAGAAGAGUGAGUUUAUCUGGAAGAGGCUUACAUUUGCUUUUUGAUGUCCAGCAGGACAAAUUCACUGAUGAACCUACUCUUGGUUAUACUGAUGCUGGAAUAACUUUUGUUAUCCAUUCACCCCAAGAGCUUCCACGUUUUGAUGGUUUAGGUUUACUGACACCAGUGGGGAUGCAUGCGCAGGUUGCAAUCCGCCAGCUGAAGUCAAUUAUCCAAGAAUACCCAUGGGGGGAGUGCAAGCCUGAUAUAAAACUUCAGUACCACAAGAUUUAUAGUACUAAUGGAUGUUUGCUGGAAUGCAAAGCCCGGUACAUACAAGAUUGGUGCGGCUGCUUACCAUUCAUUCUUCCAGGAAAUGGAACAGAAUGUGACUUGCUGAAGUUUUACAAAUGUGUUUAUCCAGCAGUCUAUGAUAUAGAGAUAAAAGGAUUAUGUACAGUAGGAACACACAAUUCCACUUGCCCUGCCCCAUGUGAAGAAACAGAUUAUCCUACCACUGUCACCUAUUCAAACUUUGGAGGAGAAAAUGCCAUAAAAUAUUUUUCUACAAAACUGAAGAAAAGCCCAGAAUAUAUCAGGCAAAACCUUGUGCGUAUUGAGAUUAAAUAUCAUGAUCUGAGCUACAAAAUAACACAGCAGCAGAAGGCCUUGUCUAUUUCAGAGUUACUUGCUGAUGUAGGUGGCCAGCUUGGAUUGUUUUGUGGUGCCAGUAUGAUAACAAUCAUAGAACUGCUAGAGUAUAUUUUUACUAACUUCUGUUGGAUGUGCAUCUUUCUCCUUUUGAAAGCUCCUGAUAUGCCUCAAUGGAACAAUCCAUCCCAGAACCAACCAACACAUAAGGAAAAAAAGAGGGGAAUACAAGAAUGUUAGUGGUUUGUAGAAGUCCAGAACUGAUUGGUUUUGCAAAUUCCCUUUCUUUUUAAGAUACAAAGGAGAUAGUAAAAUUUUACAUUGCUCCCUUCUCUUCUCUCCUUCUUCUCCCUUUUAUUCCCUAAAACUAUCUAACUGUGCUAAAUAACUUUAAAGAGUGUAUUUCACAAAGUCUUGCUUUACUUCUCAGAUAAAGAAAAAUGCAAUCUUUAACUUCUCUUUUAUUAAUUUUUUUUUUUAAUAGCAUAGCAAAUGCUGCUGACACAUGAUACAAUUUAGUAUUCAUGACCCAGUAUUUAUCUUCUGGGUUUUGAGUGAUGAGAAGUAAUACACAUGCCAAAUUAUCUCACAGAAAUUUCUUGACUACCAAAACUAUGUAGCAUUGCUAUUCUUAAAAUGCAGGUUCCUUAUUAGCAACUCUUCUAGUAGGUAUCAUUGUAACACAUUCCAGUGAAGAAUAUAGUACCUUACACUAGAACAAUUAGGAAUGUGCUUAAUAGCAAUAAAAUUUACAGUACUAUCUGUCUGAAACACAUUAAAAAAAAAAUCUCAUCAGUCUGCCAGCUACUAUAGAGAACCUCAGGACAUCCAAGUGGAAUGACAAGUGGGCAAACAUGGGUCAAGUUCAGUGUUUAAUGUCGUGAAAGAUGACAAUAAAGGCUAAAGGCUUCAUCUAAGUCUUAUUAAAUACAAAUUGGUGUAAGAAUUUUGUGGUUUUGGUGCUGAUUCAGGCUUCCUGAACAUUUGUUUCUUUAAAAGUGUUCAGAAAAGCUUCUGUGAUUUCCUGCAUCUGUUUGGGCCUACGGAGCAGUAGUGGUUUAGUCUUAUGUUUUUUUUAAGAAGACUGCAAUGAUGAAACAAAGUAAUAAGUGUAUUUACUAGAGAGCCAAGUCCUUAAGGUCAGACAUAAAGUAAUGAAAAGGCUAUCAUUUUGCCAUAAUUGGCAACAGGUUUCCUUCCACGUAAGCCCUAGGAUAUCCAAUCCAGGAACUACAGGAAACGGUUUUGUUUCCUAGACAGAGAUGCCUUAAUUUUGUCCUCUAACCUUAAGCAUAAAUCAAAGUAUUUUCUUUCUCAAUUCUUUUUCAUUGGUCACUCCACUUCUGCUGGGAUUUUUCCCCCUCACUAUUACCAAGCACAUUUGGCUCAGAGGCCUACAAAUAGGUCGUUCUAACCCCACUACGUUCCAAGGUGUGCAUUAGCCAACAGAGGAAGAAUGGAAAGAACAGAGUAAACAUACUGCAAUAUUUCUCCAAAGACUUCUCCCAGCCUCAAACAGUUUCUAACUGUGGAAUUCUUAAACCAAAAGAAAUUAUAGGUUUAGAGGUAGGAACAAUGUAUUAUCUGAGCUCUGGAUAAAAGAAAAGCAGGGCAAAGUUUAAACAUAGAAAUCUAGUACACCCUGUAUUUCAGAGAUCAAACUGUUUGUUAGCUAUCAAUCACCAUGAUUUGUUUUGUUUGCUUCUAUUAAAUAAAAGGACACUAGUACUGAAAGGACAAAACAAAACAAAACAAAAGUUGUUGUUUUUGUCCAAAGUUUCUAGUGAAAUGAAGGACAGAACAUGCUAAAAAAUCAGCAAAAAAAAAGCACCAGUCCCCAGAAAGGAAAGAUACUGGAAUCUCUGCUUUUUUAACAAGACUAAAAUAACUUUUGCUUACUACAAUGACUUUGGACAAGGACAGCUGAAAUCACAGCUUGGUUAUAGAUUCUUUAAACAUACAUGGCAGAAGGAGCUCUGAAGAAAGCACAAAGACGUGUUUUGCCCAAGGUCAAGUGACAGACCUGGAUGGGUUUUUUUCAGCAAUUGUUUGGGAUAAGAUUAUAUAAAGCAAUUGAUUUCACAGCACAGCUAAAUUUAGCAAAUGUGCUGUGCAGGAGAGCAGAAGUAAGGGUGCUUUUGUAUUUUGAUGACUCCUCCUCUAUUAUGGCAAUAGAAUUUUAAAAACUGUUAAGGAAAUGUCUGGCUUUACUGGAUGGGUGUCAAUGUCAUAUCUAUAAGGACAGCAGAAGCAAGGUAUUUAACAGGUUGAACAGAUCCCCUCCUAGUUUAGCAUUACUUUGCCACUUAGUUAUUCUGUUCUCCUUUCCACAAGUGUGCAUCCAUGCUCCAAGUAAAUAUACUGGGAAGCUUUUCCUAUAGCAAUUGAUUCUAAAAUGGUAGUCCUAACAAUGAAAUUAGUUUACAUGACUAGGAAAGCC